AGUGCGGCGCUGCUCUGCCACGGACUUUGUGUCAUCGGCCCAUUUAAAAGGCCCAAUCAGGCGGUUUUCCUUGAGGGAGCCGUGUCUUAGGGCAUCUUUACAAUAAGAUAUUACAUUAACUUUCACAACCUCUCUCCUCUGCUUUCGUUUUCUAUCUUGAUCGCGAAAUGGCCACUGAUAUUCCAGGUCGCUCUGCCAAUGCCGCGCAUGUUCGCCGCUUCAUUACGGACGUGCUUGUAUCGGACUACUACACAGACCCCACCUUUGCCAGUGAAACAGCGCGUGCAUGGCGAAUAGGCCGCGGUUCUGAGCUCCAUGAUGCAAAGCAGAAAUGCUUCGAAGACCUUUUUGGUGCUGAGAUAGGAUUCUGCCUGUAUAGGAGUGUUCUUGAAGCGAGAGAUAAGACGUGGCAGAGUUCCCGUAUUGGCUGCUUACCUUACUCAGGGGGUGUCUUUCUGUCGCCUCUUCUGUCCUUUUGGACUUUAUAUCAGAAUCGGCCCGCGUCUUCAGAUACUCCCUUGUUUACUCUUUUAAUACAUGGCGCUCUUUUGAUGGGUCAUGCCUGCUUGCGGCCCAAGGGGAGCUAUAUAAGCCUGGUGAUGGGCCUUGUUAGUUUUGGUGCUUACGUUCUGCUUUGGUCUAGGAGAGUCAUGUAUACCUGUUGAGAUUUAGUGAUAGGUUGAUUGAUUGCCUUAUAGUAUAUAUAUAAGUUGCUUAACUCUAUUAAUACUCAGCUGUUUAAUUAAAUUAGUCUCUAUAUAAUUAUCUUUAAAAAGCAGGCUGGUUUCACAACGUCUUGCUGAAUACUCUUGCAUGGGAUAAAUGCAUAG